UUAUCCUAAAAAUAGAAAAUCCUAUUUACUGGUUGGAGUAAUUCAAUGAAAAUGUUAUGGUUUUUGCAACUGCCUGAAGAUAUGUUUCAAUGACAAGGAAAUAAUAAAAACUGCUCAAAGGUGAGUAACAUAGAUGUACAUGUAGAACCUUGGAGUGCAGAACAUUUACUAGUAAAAACUAUAUUGAGGUGAAGUAUGAAACUACAACUGAGGGGACACACUUGUAUGAGGGUCUGUAUGGUGUUAGCAGAAUAGAAAAUAAGUCAGCAAAACAAUACAGAGAGAAAAAUGGACAAAAAAAAAAGAAAAGAGAAUAAUCAUGAUAAUAAGGUCACAUAAACCAGCAGCACUAGUACAUGAUGUUAUACCAGUAACCCACAACGACUUUGUCUCAGAAACUGGUAACCGCAAAAUUAACUGACAGAUUUACUUUUUAAAGAUGCUAAGAAAUUGAUAUUGAUUGCUGUGAUAAGAAGAACCACUAGAACAGAUUGCAAUUAUUUUGCUUGGUUACCAUGAAAGCAUUCUUGCUACCCAGAUGAUCAGGAUCAUCCUAACUCUUCCACUCAAGGCUUCCUAGCCCAACAAAUUAAUUUUCAGCUAUGAUGUCAUCAACCCUUGUCGAGACUGUAUCUAUUAACUAUGAAGAUUUUAAUGAUAGUUUCCUGACAUGUGGGACCUGUUUGUGUGUAUACGAUAACAUUGAACACUCUCCAAAACUACUACCAUGCUCUCAUACAGUCUGUCGCAGUUGUCUUGACAGAAUUGUUGAAUCUCAAAUACAUGACACAGGGUACUUUCGUUGUCCAAUCUGCCGAGAACACAUAGGAAUUCCACGAUCUGGAGUAGCGACAUUUCCUCCAAGCUUUCUGGUCAAUCAGUUAUUGGAUCUCAUGUCGAGACAAAGACGAGAUGUUAUACCAAAGUGUUCAACUCAUAACAACCAAGAACUUCUCUUUUGUGAGACUUGUGAUUCCGUAUUUUGUACUCUUUGUGCAGGUGGGGAGCAUAAUGGCCGUGGGGCAAGUGAACAUACGGUAAUUCCCUUUUCUAUUGCCAUUAAAAGAAUGUCGGAAAUUUUACUAUACAAAGCACAUUUGUGCAUAAAAAAUCUGAAUCAUGCUUACGACACUGUUUCUAGUGAAAUGCAGAAUUUAGAAUCAUCAGUAGAGAAGACUAUCGAAGGUAUAAAUAGAUCAUUCCAAGAUCUCAUCGCAUUGGUUGAUAAAAGGAGACACGAAUGCUUACAGUGGGUGAGAAAAAUACGGGAAGAGAAACGCAAGAACUUACGAGAACAAUUAGAGAUUAUUCAGGCAGAGAAAGAAAAAGUUCAGUCUGAAUGUGACGGGCUGCAAUAUCAAGUAGAAGUUAGAAACAUAACCAAAAAAAUAGGUGAUUUGAAUGAGAAGCUAGAUGCAACUUCGAAUCUUUCAGAACCACGGGAAAACUCAUUCUUGAAAUAUGAGUAUAGACAUAACUCGGCACUAAAAGAUAUAACAAGGUUAUUGAAUGAUUUUGGGAGGAUCAAAACCAGUACAACAUUCCCCGCUCUCUGCUCAGGGAAAAUUGGAGAGGCUGUUACACAUUUAAAAUCAACUGUUACUCUAUUGACAGUUGAUUACCAUGGAAAUCCUCGUACAAGUGGGGCAGAUCCAGUUGGUGCAGAGGUCAGGACAGACAAGGGAGAAAUCAUUGAAUCAAAAAUUCGGGACAAAGAAAAUGGAACAUACGAAAUACAAUAUGUACCCACAAAGCCGGGUAAAGUGAAAAUGUUCAUCAGUAUUUUUAAUCGCCCUGUCAAGGGAAGUCCUUUUGUGAUUGAUGUCUCUGAACACAAUAAUCCAGUAAUGAAAUUCGGCUCUUUGGGGAAGGGAGAGGAGCAUUUACGACAGCCAGUUAGGGUGGUUACAAAUAAUGAUAAUAACACUGUGUAUGCUUUAGAUACUGGCAAUUGUAGGAUCAAAUGUCUUGACAAUACUGGGCAAUUUAAAAGCCAUAUAGGACCGUUAGGAUUAGAAAGUUCUGGAGGUACGGGUCUCGCUCUGACGCCAGAGAAAAACUUGGCUGUAAUAAAUUGGAGAACUAAAUUAGUAACUGUGAUGACGCCUGAUGGAGAUCCUCUCUCCAAAUUUACACAUCAGGACUUUAUGGAACCAAUAGAUAUAGCCGUUAAUAGUCGAGGGGAGAUAAUCGUGGCGGACAAUGGAGCAAACCGUGUAUUCAUGUUUGAUCCCAAUGGCAAACUUUUGACAACAUUUGGCGGGAAAGGAAGUAAAGAAGGACAGUUUAAACUUAUUUGUGCCAUAGUCAUAGGAAAAUGUGAUGAAAUCCUUGUUGCUGAUCACCGAGUUCAAAUUUUUAGCCGUGAUGGGAAAUUUUCCCGUGUGAUACCUGACCAAGGAAGAGGUCAGUUUUGUGGAUUGAAUGUGGAUUCUGGUGGUUUGAUUCUUGCCACCAAAACAGAGAAAACCCAGAGCUAUGUUCAAGUUUUGAAUUCCAGUGGUCGACUUAUGUUUAAUAUUGAUAGCCACCAUGACAAACUGAAGCGACCAAGUGGGCUGGCAACCACAACCGACCACCAUGUUUAUGUGGCUGACCUUGGCAACCACUGUAUCAAAAAGUAUCGUUACAAAUAAGAAUUCUACAAUUUAAUAGACACAGGACACAAAGAGAAGAGUAAAAGACAUGACAGACAGAAUGACAGUGGCCAAACAGAACCAAUUAAAAUCAAAAUGACAACAGUACGCUGAUGACCAAUGUGCAAUGUCCAUUUUUCAUUGUAAAGCCAUGCAUUUUUUUCACCUUCUUUGGCCAGUUGUAAGCCAUUUGAGACCAUAAAUGAUUAGUUUCACCUAGUUUUGUUAAAAUUUUUAUUAUAUUUGAUUUAGCCAUUUAUUUAUUGUUCUUUGAAAUAUUUUUACAGCUGAACCACUUGAGUGUGUGCUUUGUGUAUAAAAGUUAAGUUUUCUGGUGUGUUAGGUUAACCUUGAAAUUGUAAAAAUAGAUAAAAAUAGAUUUCUCAGUCAUUCUUUUGUUUUCAGUCCCAUGACUAGAAAUAACUUAUGUAAUCCUUUCAAGAGGGAACUAUGGGUAAUAUGAAUUUUAGGGUUUACCUAGCAGACAUGAAGACUUCACAUUUUUGUCCUUGUACACACUCAAAGUAUAUUUGCUGUAAAUGAAUAAUUUUCUUUUCUGUAUUGUUAAUGAUUUAAAAUGGUGCAGACCUUUAAAGAAUUUCUCCUUUUACAGUUUGAAAAUAGUUUAGAAACACUCUGUUGUGCUCAUAUUCAAUUUUUUUUUUAAAUUUAAAAGUAUUUUCAAAAAGAUUAGGAAUAAGGUUUGGACAGUUUUUAAUGAAAAAGACAUUUAGAGGAAAUAUCCAUAAAGAAGAGUUUUGAGUUACAUGUUACUUAAAGGGGUCAUCCAUAAUUGUCAACCAUUUUCCAAAGUGUACAAAACAUACACUUUCUCAGACCCCCCACCCUCCCUCAAAAAGUGUACAUUGACCAUUUUCAGAUUUCAAGACAAGAAUCAAUCAUUCUUAAUAAAAAGAAGAUCUAUUACAAUUUAGUUUAAGAUAGAAAUUUGCAAUGAAAAUAAACUGAAACACAUCUGACUGUUUUAUUUGAUGACAUCUAUCUGUGAUGCUUGUGUUUUGUCAGAAUAAAUAGUAUAAAGAUACCGUUUUGUUUGUUUUUGUUUGUUUUAAUGAAUGGGAAAAAAUUCCGGAAAUAAAAAAAAAAAGCGUACCGUAAAAAUGUUGAUUUUUUAACCCCCUCCCCCCAAGUGUACAUUUUGUACACUUUGGAUAAUGGUUGACAAUUAUGGAUGACCCCUAACUUUCAAGGAAAGUAAAACAGACUUGUAUUGAAACAUGAAAAGAGAAGAAAAAAAAAUAGUUAAAAAAUUUUUCAGGGUACAUAGAAAAAAUGUUUUGUAAUAUAUGAUAAAUUAAGUUUUUUCUCCUUAUGAUAAAGGAGACAGAAAAUAUUAUAUUAUAUAAAUCAUUAUCAGGAUAUUAUGAUUAUAUUUUUAUCAGGAAUUAAUGUGAUAAAACAGAAAACAAAAUAUAAGGAUUAUUCCAUUUAAAUGAAUGGGGGAGUGUAGGAAAGGUUUAUGGUAUGGAACCACUAAUUCAGGCCCAGUCAGAAAGAACAUACAAGAAAGUAGUACAUAUUUUAAACAAAAUAGUUCCUACGCAUAGCUGUAACUUUGUCAUUAAGUAAAAUAUUUAGGUAAUUUUGGCAUCAAAUGAAAGCUUAAGGAAUUGGUAUCACUGUAGAAUCCUUGUUAUAAAUUUUUUUUUAAAUAACAAAAGAUGUAUGGAAUUAAGAUAGGAGGGCAUAAUCCCCUGUUGCUCAGAUCAGAAGUACCUGUUUUUGUACUACCCAACUUUCCGGAACCUAUGCACUCUAAUAUAUGCAAUUAAAGGUAUAUUGAUUUUUUCAGCAUAAGUCAGGAUAAGGUAUAGUUUUGACAUGAAAUGACUAUCACUUUAUUUAAACUUAAUAUAAAAUAGCUAUGAAUGCCUGAAGUUGCAGAAUUUAACAUAGAAAGCAAGGGGCUAUGAAUUAGUGGUGUUAUUCUUUAUAGCAGUAUGUCCACUGACCUCAAAGACAGUACUGUAUGUUGGUUGUUCAUUCCUACGUUGCAGGAAGGCAUCACUGUAAAAAAUAAAGAUAGCCUGUCAAGAGGUCAUUAUAAUUUGGACUGUUGGUAGCCAGUCCUACCCGCCUGCAUCUAUUUUAAUGGAAUAGCCUGUAUUCAGUGUACAGUGUAUCUGUAACUAAUUGAAAUACUUUUUAUGUUAAAAAGAAUUUUUUUUAUUUACAAUUUCUCUUUUCCUUACAUUUUAUUGAUUGCAUUUUUUUAUCUUAUUGGCAUAAUUCUGUUUGCAUGUGACAAUCAGCAUUUAACAUCAUAUCUUAAAAAUCAUGUGGCUUAACAUACAAAGAGAGAUAACUCUUAUUUGAAAUUACUAACUUUGUCAGCAGUGGUAAUUUUGUCAUAUAUUCUUCCUUCAAAUGUGCUUUUCUCAGUAUUGUGAUAGUAUUAACCACUGUUCUGGUGUUUUUUCGUAGAGAGUGGAUAUGAAAGUGCAUGUUAAGAAUGAAAGAUUCAAUUUCAGUAUUUUUUUUAAGCAUUUUGUUUCUUCAAAAAAUAAAUCCUUGUACAUGUACAUGAUUUCCAUAGAGUUCUGGUGUUUGAUAGCAUGAAUUUUCUGCAGUUGUUUAUUUUUCAUUUUUGUGCAAAUGAUUAAUGUAAUGGCAUUGAAAAAAGUAAGUUAAAAUGUAGUCUUCAAGAAAAACUAACAAGCCAGAAAAAAUCUGUAUUUUGUUCAAAUAUUUUAUUUAUAUUUAUAUUGCUUGUGAAGCCUCUUUUCAGGAAAAUUUUACUGGCCCAACUACAUUUUUACUGGCCUAGACCAUAGCAAUUUUUGUUAAAGGUGAAAACUGAAAAUAGUUUUUAUUGCACAAGCUUUAUAAAAUUCUAAAUUUGAUUUUAUUUUGAGCUUGAAUAUUUUUUAAAAAACCAUUUGAAAACAGCUGUGCAAGAUUCAAGAAUGAGGCUAAAGGAAGAUUAACUGUGAAAAUGUUUUGCCUAAAAAAAUCUUCUCUGUCUUUGUAUUCUCAAAGGAAGAAAUCUCAUUCUACAUGAGUUUGUGGCAUAACUGUAUAUAUGAUGAAUUUUAGUGAAAAGAAAUUUUGUUCUUUUAUCUUUAUUUAUAGUCAUCAUGACAAAAUUGCCUGUAAGCAGGCAAACCUUUUUUUUAUCUAUUGUAUUGGAAUGUAUGAAAAGGCUUUUUUUUUUCCAAACAUACAAAUAUGUUAUAUUGAUGGAAAAAAGGGAUUUGAUAGGAGUGAUAGCUCAAUACUUUUUUGUGACGCAAUAUUUCAUUAACAAUAGAAAAUUUAUGCAAUGUACUUAAAGAAUUAUAAGUUUAUGCAGAUUGUUUUUGUGUUCAUGUAUAUUUUAUAUAUACUCUAGCACUGAGUGGGUGUUAACAUCAUAUCAUGAGUGAGUAGUUAUUUAUUUUUUAAGUAGCCGAAUCAACAUCUCACAACAAAUCAGACGUAGGGUUAAAUUGACAGUUUUAUAUUAUCUUUUUUUUUAAUUUCCAAGAAGGAUAAAGUUUUAAUUUGAGUUCUCUAAAAAUAAAUGAUUAGUAAAAUUGCAUACUGUGGAUUCAUUUAUUUUUCGUGUGUACCAAUUUUCGUGGAUUGUUGAAAAAUUGUGUUUUCAUGGAUAUUUGAUUUCGUGGUUUUGCGAAUGUCUGCAUAUAAGCUUAUAGAAAAUUUCUACUUCGUUGAGUAUUGAAAUUCGUGGUUCACCUAAACUCACUAAAUCCACAAAAAUUGGUAUCCCUCGAAUAAUAAUGAUUCCAUGGUAAAAUGAACACAAAAAAAAUCAUUGUUAUCUGAAGUCUUCAUUUAUGUGCAUCUGUAAUGAUAUGGGUUAUCUUUAUUGAUAUACUGAAUUACUAAUUAGCAAAAAGAUGAGUUUUCUACUCACAAAAAAUAUUGAUCUUUAAAGUACAUGUAGUGCAACAGUCUAUUUUUUAGAAAAUUCAAUUGUUUAUGUUUUAAAUGCUGUAUCCUUGUCAUUUGCUGAGAUAUAAAAGUCAGAUGAGGGUCUGGAUGGGGUUUACAGUAUAGAGAAUAAUGGAACAAGAGUACAGAAAAUGGACCAAAAAAAUAAAAAAUAGACCAAAAUAAUAAAUAAUAAAGAAAAAAAGGACGCUUAGAUAUAAAGAAUAGAGAAUAAUGGACAAAAUAACUAAAGAAUAGAGUAAAAAGGUCUAAACAAUUAAAGAAUACAGAAUUGAAGGACCCCCCUCAUCCAGACCCUCACAAAUGAGGUACUGAAAAAAGUAGGAUCGAUGAGCUACUGCUGAAAUACACUAUUACUUAUAUAACCAAUAAUGAAAUACUAGACAAAUGCCAUAUAAAGAGAAAAUUUGAAUAUUUUUCGUAACUUCCUAUUUUCGUAUUAAGCACUUUCACUUUUGUAGCAACCAAGUAGUUUUAUUUUGCAUAAAUAAAGCACAGGAAACAUAACUCCAGAACUGUGUCUCAGAUUUUUACUAUUAUGGGAUAUAUAGUGACUGGAUCUAUUUUCGUUCGAAAGAACUUAUAAAUCACAAAUAUGCAAAAGUGUAUUAUUUUUAGAAUGGACUCUUUUCACAGAAAAACUUAUGAUGAUAAUAAUACAGAAAUGUCAAUGCCUAACAAGUACAUUUUCUCGUAAGAUGUUUUGUGAAAUGAGUCACUGGACCUUAUGUUGAAAAUCUGAGACAAGGUUUAGUUUUGCAUUUUAUAAUAAAACAGCAUACAUUUAGUAUCUCUUUCGCUGUGAAUUAGAAUAAGAAUUCUGUAUUUUUUUUCCAAUUUUCUUCCAAAUAUGGUCAUUUAUAAGCAUGCAAGUAAUAGUGGUUAUACCAACGCUUUAGGAAAUAAUUCUUGGCUAUCUCUCCUUUUAUAUGGUACUUCAUUUGUCUUAAUAUCUUUUAAAAUGAUAAAGUUAUAGGUAUACAUAUAAGGUGGUACCAAACACUUUGACUAAAACUAAUUUGGCUCGUUUAAUUUUCAUAAAAUUUUGACAAAAUAUUUACUUUGACCCUUUGACAAAAUUAUAAAAAUUUCAAAUGACUUGAAACCACAAACUUUAUCGGAAAAAUUUCAUUGGAUAUAUAGCAGUUUGACAAACACUAAUUUUGAUCAUUGAAAAGUUUAAUAUUUCCUUAACAAUAGAACGUGAUUAAAAUGUUCAGCUGAUUUUUACAGAGUUAUCUCCCUGUAGUGUUAUGUACCACCAUAAAUAUAACUACCCAAAAUUUAGACUGUUGUGUUACCUUUCGUUAAUCAGGACUUUAUUUUAGACUGUUUAUUUAUAAAUAUGAGGACUUUUUGUUCCAUGUCUGACUUUUGUUUUGAAUUAGUAAUUGAUAUUUACCUUUCAGCUAAUGGAAAUCAUAUUUUUUUCCGAUUUUGAUAAAAUCUUAUUCCUCAAUCAUGGUUCAAUUUUAACAAUAUUCUUAAAAUGUGAAUAUAAAACUUGAUUCACCUUAUUGCUAUUUGUCCGCCAUUACUUGACAUCAAAAAUGUUCCCGUAAAAUUUUGAAGUCACAAUAGAAAAUGUUUAUGGUUGACAUCACAAGGAAAAUUGAACAUUUUAUGAAGUCAAUAUUUUUAAGUGUUGCAAAUACUCAAGUUCAGUGUCACAGAUUCCCAAAAAGCGAUAAGGUCUAUUUAUGGAUCACAAUUCCAAAAGGAAAGUCUUGAAAUUAUUAUGAAGAAAAUUUCUUAGUAGAUAAAUGAUGCAAAUGCAUUUAGAGCCAUUAAAAACAAGAAAAUAUGUAAAUGCUAAAUUGUUCUUUGAUUAACAGUAUUAUUUUACAGAAAUUAAAGCCAGACAAUUAUAGUUUCUACGCUUCUCAUCCCAAUUAUCUCAAAUCUCAUGUAAAGAAAAAAUUUUCAAUUUUUAUCAGGAGAUUGUUCUGUUCUGUAUACAAAGAAAACAAAAAAAUAAAAUUUCCCAAAUUUUUUUAAAGUUGGAAGAUAAUCAAGUAUAAGUCUUGUUUUGCCUGAAUCUAAUUUAUUUACUUGUUUUAAAUGAAUAUGAAUUCAUUUGUUAAAUGAGUUUAAAAAAAUAUGCUUACUUUAAUUAAGGCUACUUCAAUUUGAUUGUAAGCUUGUAUGAUGUCUUUAAAAGAGGAGUUCAAGCAAUAGACUUUUAACUUGUUAAGUUCAAUUUAAUUGAUUAUAGUAAUAGGAAAACUAAAAUUUAGGAGGGGAUAUAGAAGCUCUCAAUAUAUUUAACGUUAAAAUGAGAAGUGUGAUCCUUUGUCAUAAAUUUUUUGCAUUCUACUUUUUUUUUUUAAAUCUGAUAACAAUGUUCUAAAGCCCCCUUUUCUUUGUUUAGAGACAAGAAUAAAAAAAGAUUUAAAAAAAAAUAUAUAAAAAUCAAAAAUACAUCUUUCUUUUGUAAAAUACAGUGUUAUGCAAUAAGUAUUUGUAACCUAUAAUGAUUUUCUAUCGUAUUUCAUAUAAAAACAAAUGAGUUUGAUAAAUUAUUUUGAAGGCAUCUAUAGUUGGAUUUUAACAAACCAUAUGUUGAAAGAUGUAGACUAAUUCUUAUAUUGUAUAUUUUGAUAAUUUGGUCUUUAUAUUGUUUUCAGUCUUUUUGUUCUUUCCUAAUGUGAACAUGUAUAAAAAAAAAAAUUACAAUUCAAUUUGUUUGAAAUCCAUUAAGAUAUAGGGCAAAUUUAAGAACAAAAAAUAAUACGUGUGUUUAUAUCAUCAGAAAGUGAAAACCUUUCAACAACAAAAAUAUAACUAAAUAAACCUGUGAAAACCCUGCUUCUUAAGGUACUAAAUCCAACCAAAAAUGACUUCACAAUAUUUUUUUGAAAAAAAUAUGGUAGUUUUAUAUGGAAUAUAUAGCAAAGCAUUGUAUGUACAAACACUUCUUGUUUAAAACUUAAUGUCUCUUUUUCAUAUACUUAGUAUCUUUACCAAGUGUUCAUCUGUAAAACUAUUUUAUAGUAAUUCAAAGAAGUGAAAAAUUAAAUUGAUGUGGUCUUAUUAAAAGAUUCAGUUUAUAAAAAAGUCUAUAUUUCCAAUACUACACUGGUACACUAGAUUUUACAUUCUAAGAUAGCAUUUUUUGUUUUGUGAAUUUUUGAUAUAUUAUCAACAUUAAAAUUCAAUCAAG